AUGGAGGAGGUGCUGAGCACACCAUUGGAGCAGCACCAGCAGCAUCAGCAGCAGCAGCCGUCUGAGCGCCGCCGAUUCCUGCACCGCUCCGCCACCAUCCGCUCGCGGUCGGCUGAGAUCCCCCCGGACGCCGGCGGCGCUGCCCCCGGCCGCCUUCACUUCCGAGCGUCGGUGCUGAGGGCGGGGGGGCUGCUGACGACGCUGGGCGCGCGGCGGCACGUGGUGUAUGCGACGCAGGACGGCGCAUUCAACUACGAGGCCAUGCUGGCGCUGGACGAGGGCAACCCCCGCCGCGGCGUGCGCAGGACAGUCAUGGACCAGCUGCCCACGGCAUGCGCUGGCAAGGCGGAUUUGAGCUGCGAGUGUCACAUCUGCAUGGACUGCUUUUCAAGGGGGACCCACAUGACGCGGCUGCCAUGCGAGCACCGUUUCUGCAGCACCUGCAUCCGCAAGUGGCUGCACGACCACCGCACCUGCCCCGUGUGCCGCUAUGAAUUCCCAGACUGCCAGACCAUCUUUGUGAAGUAA